GCGGAAGUAAACGAGGCCAGCCCUGUCAGACGCUGCGUCAUCAAACCAUCCCAGCUUGUCCUCUCCCUUUCGCUGCAGUAACACCCUGUAUACCAGAUUCGAAACAUACAUCUUACAAGGCCACAUCUCCUUCCCUGACGUCGACCGAUCACACCCCUUUAGUCAGAGAUAAAUCUCACUUCCCGGAAAAUCGACUUUUAAAGUUUCAGUGCAACCUAGACAUUGGCGCAUUACCAGGGCCUACAAACGACCGGGUUUAGAAGAAAGAAGACAGCGAAACGAGUCCCAUCAUCCUACCGUGCUGCCAUCCAAGACACAUGCGAUAAACCCGGUGAUCCCGACCUCAAAAAGGAUAAUAAAUCUAUCAGAAACGCGACCAUGGCGCAAUUCUUCCUCGAUCUAGCCUAUUCUUUGACCAAUUGCAUAUGCUGCUUUCCUGGGUCUCCUCAGCUCAAGAUCAACAAUCGGAGUUUUCGCAUGCUACGACUCCUUGGUGAGGGCGGCUUCUCUUAUGUAUACCUUGUCCAAGACACAUCGAACGAAGCGCUGUACGCUCUGAAGAAGAUACGAUGCCCCUUUGGCCAGGAGUCAGUCGCUCUCGCGCUCAAGGAGGUCGAAGCAUACACACUCUUUUCGCCGCAUCCGAACAUCAUUCAUAGUGUCGACUACAGCGUAACGUCGGACAAGUCUGAUCCAGGGGCCAAGACCGUCUACAUUCUUCUGCCAUACUACCGUCGCGGCAAUCUGCAGGAUAUGAUCAAUGCGAACCUUGUCAACCACACCAAAUUCCCUGAGCGACGGCUCAUGGUUCUGUUCUUGGGCGUGUGCAAAGCGCUCAAGGCCAUGCACCAAUACCGAGUCAAAGGUCAGCCAGGCGGAGAGGAGAGCCAGGGCAAGGCGCGACGAGUGCGUCAACAAGCAGCCGAGGCUGAUGAUGAGGCAUUGGACGAAGUUCCACUGAUGAUGGAAGGUGAAGUGACGCGCAGCCAGGAGGGUGUCGAACCUGGACAAGAGCGCGCUUAUGCCCACCGCGACAUCAAGCCCGGAAACAUUAUGAUCGGAGAUGACGGAAAGAACCCUAUUCUCAUGGACCUUGGCUCGCUAGCUCCGUCACCAAUCGCAAUUACAUCCAGAUCCCUCGCUAUUGCCGUGCAGGACACUGCCGCUGAGCACUCGACCAUGCCGUACCGUGCACCGGAGCUUUUUGACGUCAAGACCGGCAGCGUCAUUGAUACCAAGGUGGAUAUUUGGUCGCUGGGGUGCACGCUCUACGCUUGUCUCAUUGGCAAGAGUCCGUUCGAGGCUCGGUCCGAGGAGACUGGCGGCAGCUUAAGUUUAUGCGUGCUCGGCGGCGACUGGAGAUUUCCUGACGAGGCCUCAUCUGCUGGUCCAAGCGAGGAAGUUCGCGAUGUAGUUCGCCGAUGUCUACAUGUUGAACCAGCUGAACGGCCAGAUAUUGAUGAACUCAUCUUUAUGGUUGAAGGAGUCAUUGGACAGUUGCCUCACGAUGGUGAUUCUUGA